GUUGGAAGGACGCGACCGUGCAGAACUGCUUCUCAUGGGCAGUUACCUGAGCUGGCCUCGUCCUGUGCCGCCGGCCUCCGCUCUCUUGAGCGGGGACCAGCGGGAGAGACGCGGGCGCCUCGAGCCGGCGAACCCCGCCUGCCGUGGGCCCCCGGCUUGGCGGCUUCACUUGGCUGCCCCGGCCCUGGAACUGGCUCGCAGGCAGUCUUACGAGGAUCUUGUGGCUUCGCCCCGUCGUCGUUGGCACCGUCGGCGGCUUGUCAUAGUCCAUCGGAGGCAAUAUCCGGUCCAGCAGGCCCGGUGUUUAUUUCUGGGCGUCUUUUCCUCCGUGUCCCGGAGUGGCCCUCAGAAGAAGCCGGUACUGUCUGCUUGCAGCUGUAAGAAGUUCUGCACCUCGUUGAUCCUGAAGAUGGCGUCUGCUAGGGACAAAGUGACGCUCCGUUUGGCUCUGAAGCAGACAGUCAUCCGUAUGUGGUCUUCACUGAAUGGUCACCUCCCAAACCCUUUUGUAAAGGAGACUCUGGUGAGGGCCCUCGAAGAGAGCGGUCAGCUGAGAGUCAAGAAAGAGAAGGACCCGACUGCCCUGCGUGAGAGCCAGAAAGGGCUAGCAAAGCAGAAGGAAGGGCACCCAGGCCCCGAGAGUUUUGACGAUCAGAGAAGGGGCUCUGGCAGCAGCGGGGGUGCGCAGUCCGCGUUUAGGCGCCUGAUGGUCAACGGAGUCCCCUCUUCCUUCGAGCCCAGGCCUGGGCCUCUGGGGAGAGACUUCUGUUUCAAUAGCUCAGAGGACAGCCUGAUUAAGAAAUCCCAGAGCUACUUUUUGAGCUCCUGCAGCAGACGAAACGCCAUCAUCAGUUCAUACAGCUCCACGCGAGGAUCCCCACCGCUGUGGAGAAGCGGUCCAAACGCAGCUGGGCUCCGGGGCCCAGCCUCAUCCCAUCCCCACGUGCCUGCAAACAACACCAGUGAGGAAAGCCAUCAGCCUAGGUCUUCAGCCUCAGUGGAACCACAAAGUCAGAUCAAGCGUGAAAAGGCUGCAGAUGCCCCCUUGGGGCAGAAACAAAACUUGAGGAAUUGCUCACCACAAUUCGACAGUUCCAGGCCCCAGAAACGCAAGAUUCCUCUGCUGCUGCCCUCUAGGCGAAAUGGCCCGCUGAUCCUGCCCCCAGCCCCCCAGCUAGGUUAUAGAGUCACUGCUGAAGACCUUGAUUUAGAGAAGAGAGCUGCCAUCCAGUGGAUCAACAAGGUGUUGGAAAGGUAAGACAGGCCAUCUCAGACUGCAGGGCCCUCAGCCUUCCUGUCCCUCCACCCUCACCUGCUGCAG